AUGUCAUCAACUAUGAAUGAUUUCGAGCUAUUAAAGGAGAGGAUGAACAAUUUUACGGACACGUUGGACAUGUACCUCGACGAGAAGGUGAGCAUGGCGAAGGACCUGACGGAAGACUAUAGGGCUAGUAUCGAUGCUUUGAAUGCUAGAUCGCAAGAACUAGCGGCAUCGAUACAGCUCACACAGACACAGAUCGAGGAGAUGACGUCGCAGAUCGAGGUGCUAGAGGCAGCAAACGACACUAGGAAGACCGAUCUUUUGCUGCUGCAAUUGAAGAGUACGCAGUUGUUGAAGAACCGAGAAGUUCUGUUGAAAGAAACCGACGACGUCGAUGCGUUGUUGCAAGAUAAAAUGGACAAAAUCAAGAGACUAAAAGAAUUCUACCUGAAGCAGAACCACCAAGACAACCCAGAGGUGAGCUUGUAUGAGAAGCUGCUGGGGCUAACGAUAGACACUUCAGAGGCCGGCACCUUGCGGUUUAAUUUCCAUAAGCUGACCGAGACCCAAUCGAAGGUACCGGCAUACGUCGUGCUGGAUGUCUCCAAACAAGAAUAUCAGAUUUUGAAUUCUGUGCCUGCAAUCGAUGCCAACUCCUUAGCAUCCAUAUUGGGAGACCUCAACAAGACAAACAACAUUGCCCAAUUCCUGCUGUCUACAAGAGAGCAAUUGCAGCAGUCCCUCACACAAUAA